UGUGUGCCGGGGAGGGGGUUAUGGGCUGGGCACGGCUGGGGAUGCUCAUGAGGAUGCAGGAUGGGGUCAGCACUUGCUCAGUGCCCGCUCCCGCAGCCCUGCUGCCCUACGUGCCCCACGUACCCACCGCGGCCCUGCCGGGGAAGCUCACGGCCACCACCUUCGCUCUGGAGAGACCCUGCUGCAUCUUCGACCACGAGGCCAACGCUCCCGAUGCCGUGUGGCUGGUGGUGGCGUUCGCCAACGGUGAGUCCCGCUGCACCAGCACGCGCUCCCUCCCCAUGGGGAUACGGGGACCCUCACCCCCAUGGGUGUUGCGCAGCCUCGGGCGCCUUCAGGAACCCCCCGUCCCGUGCUGACGUGCCCCUGUACGAGCGGCUGCCCACGGCGCACUCCUACAUGACGCUGGAGACCCCAGUCCAUGCCUUCGCCUGCUCAGCACCGAGCCCGGCCCCACUGCGCGUUGGGGGGGACACAGCAUGCGAGGGACAGGAGCCCUGCAAUGGGCCCCUGCCCUCCCCCGGGCCAUACAGGGUGAAGUUCCUGGUGAUGGGCUGCCAGGGCCCCAGAGCAGAGACAAGGUGGUCUGAGCCCAUCCUCCUUCGCAGAGCCAGCAGCCUGAGCACCAUCGACCCCGUGCCCCUGCACCGCAGCAGCGCCGUGGUGGUCAUCACCUCCAUCCUCGCCAGCCUGGGGGCCGUGCUGGCCGCCGCGGUGCUCGGUGCCGUGGGCGCCAAGGCAUGGGGGUCCCUGCACCGCCGGGAUUCAGGGACCAGCACCCACAGAUCCUACAGGACCCAUCACAUCCCCCCAGCGCUAUCCCGGCCCCCCGGAUGCCGCUGCAGCCCCCCGGGGCUGUGCUGCUUUGCCCCCCGGCCCCCUGCUCCGUGUCCUGCCGAGUAA